AUGAGCGUCUUUUCGCGCCUCAGGAACGGAAUCCCACCGUCGCGAGACGACUGCCAGUCUCCCUACGAGCGUCUGAGUCAGAGGAUGCUGGACAUUUCUGGGGACCGUGGCGUGCUGAAGAAUGUCAUCCGAGAGGGAGCCGGAGAUCCCGUGACCCCCGACGCCUCGGUGCUGGUGAAAUAUUCUGGAUACUUGGAGCACAUGGACAAGCCCUUCGACUCUAAUUGCUUUAGGAAAACGCCUAGGCUGAUGAAACUUGGAGAAGAUAUUACACUCUGCGGCAUGGAGCUGGGCCUUCUGAGCAUGCGCAAAGGGGAGCUGGCCAGAUUUCUGUUCAGACCAACCUAUGCUUAUGGCACCCUGGGCUGUCCUCCUCUUAUCCCCCCAAAUGCCACUGUCUUGUUUGAAAUCGAACUGCUUGACUUCCUCGACUCUGCUGAGUCAGACAAAUUUUGUGCACUCUCAGCUGAGCAGCAAGAACAGUUCCCUCUUCAGAAGAUCCUCAAGGUGGCUACGACAGAAAGGGAGUUUGGCAACUAUCUUUUCCACCAGAAUCGCUUCUGUGAUGCCAAAGUGAGAUACAAGCGGGCCUUAAAGCUGCUCCACCGGCGGCGCUUGGUGCUUUCUGAGGAACAACACCUGGUGGAGGCCGCCAAACUUCUAGUCCUCCUUAACCUGUCCUUUGUGUACCUGAAACUAGACCGACCUGCCAUGGCCCUGCGCUAUGGCGAGCAGGCUCUGCUCAUUGACCAGAGAAAUGCCAAGGCCCUCUUCAGGUGUGGACAGGCUUGCCUCCUCCUAACCGAGUAUGAGCAGGCCCGUGAUUUCCUAGUGAGAGCACAGAAGGAGCAGCCCUGCAACCAGGACAUCAAUAAGGAGCUGAAGAAGCUGUCCAGCUACUACAAGAACUACAUGGACAGAGAGCGAGAGAUGUAUCACCGGAUGUUCGCUCCUUGUGAGAAAGGCUCCUCUGUGGGAAGAAACUGA